UUACAUCUAUUUAAAAGGGUACUCCACUGCCCCAGUGUUCAGAUCAUUUAGUUCCGCUACGCCACCUCAAUGCAAGUCUCAAUGUAAAAAAUAAAUAAAUACCGUGAAAUACCGUGAUACUUUAGAAAAAUAUUGUGAUACUCAUUUUUGGUCAUAUCGCCCAGCACUAAUAACAGGCUGCCAGGGCAUGCUGGGAGUUGUAGUUUUUCAACAGUUGAGAGCUACUGGUGGAGGAAGUGUCCUAUGACAUAACAGAAAAUAUUAGGGCUCAUAGAGAGUGUACAUAGUGUAGAAGCCCUCUAUGCCGCCCAUGUAUAAUCUCAGAAGCCUCCUGCCCGUGCACCCAUAACACCCAAACACACGCACCCCUCUACCUAAACUACCAUCGUUGCGUUGUGUUCAUUUAUCCAUUCACAGAGUUGAGGGCGGGGCCCGCUGCGUUGUCACGUGACGGCGCGGCUUUAUAUUGAGGGGGCGGAGCAAGUGAGAGGUCUGCAGAGGCGAUGGAUUUCCAAGGCGGGAUGGAGGACCAGGAGCAGCGCGAGGCGCAGAGGGAUUACCUCGACUUCCUGGAUGAUGAUCAAGAUCAAGGCGUUUACCAUGGGAAAGUAAGAGACAUGAUUGCCGCAAAUGAGCACCGUUUAAUUGUCAACCUGAACGAGCUGAGGCGUAAAAAUGAGCGCAGAGCAAAUAUAUUGCUAAAUAAUGCAUUUGGAGAGGUUAUUGCAUUUCAAAGAGCCUUAAAGGAUUUGGUAGCUUCCAUUGAUGCAACAUAUGCAAAACAGUUUGAAGAGUUCGGCGUUGGAUUUGAAGGCAGUUUUGGAGCAAAGCAUGUGUCCCCCCGUACACUGACAGCAGGUUACUUGGGAAAUCUCAUCUGUGUUGAAGGAAUUGUUACAAAAUGUUCCUUGGUCCGACCUAAGGUCAUGCGAAGUGUCCAUUAUUGUCCAGCAACAAAGAAGACGCUGGAAAGGAAAUAUACUGAUCUCACAACAUUGGAGGCAUUUCCAUCUACUGCCAUUUACCCCACCAAAGAUGAAGAAAACAAUCCACUUGAGACAGAAUAUGGGCUGAGCACGUACAAAGAUCAUCAAACUGUGAGCAUACAAGAAAUGCCGGAGAGAGCUCCUGCCGGACAGCUGCCUCGUUCUGUUGAUAUCAUUGCAGAUGAUGAUUUGGUGGACAAAUGUAAACCGGGAGACAGAGUCCAGAUAGUUGGGAUAUACCGCUGUUUACCAUCCAAGCAGGGAGGAUUUACAUCCGGCACAUUCAGAACAAUAAUGUUGGCUAAUAAUAUCAAAAUGAUGAGCAAAGAAAUUGCCCCAACCUUUUCUGCUGACGAUGUUGCCAAAAUCAAGAAAUUUUGCAAAGUUAAUUCUAGGGAUAUUUUUGACAAGUUAAGCAAGUCAUUGGCACCAAGCAUUCAUGGCCAUGAUUAUAUUAAGAAAGCAAUUUUAUGUAUGCUCCUUGGAGGAAAUGAGAAAGUUCUUGAGAAUGGAACUCGCAUAAGAGGAGAUAUUAAUGUACUCCUUAUAGGAGACCCAUCUGUUGCCAAGUCCCAACUGCUGCGAUAUGUGUUGCACACAGCUCCAAGAGCCAUACCCACCACUGGUAGGGGAUCCUCUGGAGUAGGGUUAACAGCUGCUGUGACAACUGAUCAAGAAACGGGUGAGAGGCGUCUUGAGGCCGGUGCUAUGGUACUGGCAGAUAGAGGUGUUGUCUGUAUUGAUGAGUUUGACAAAAUGUCUGACAUGGACAGAACUGCUAUACAUGAAGUCAUGGAACAAGGUCGCGUGACAAUAGCAAAAGCUGGUAUCCAAGCAAGACUAAAUGCCCGAUGCAGUGUUCUGGCUGCAGCAAAUCCGGUUUACGGAAGGUAUGAUCAGUAUAAGACACCAAUGGAAAACAUUGGCCUACAAGACUCUUUGCUUUCAAGAUUUGAUUUGCUUUUUAUUGUUCUGGAUCAAAUGGAUGCAGACCAUGAUCGUGAGAUAGCAGACCAUGUGUUGAGGAUACACAGAUACAGAACACCUGGGGAGCAGGACGGAUAUGCAUUGCCUCUUGGAUGCAGUGUUGAGAUUUUUGCAACUGAUGAUCCGAAUGCUACAAAUGUGACUGAUCAGGAGUUGCAGAUUUAUGAGAAACAUGAUAAUCUGCUGCACGGACCACGGAAAAACAAAUCUAAAAUUGUAAGCAUGCAGUUCAUACGAAAAUAUAUCCAUGUCGCUAAACUGAUAAAGCCUGUUCUGACUGCUGAGGCGGCUGAUCACAUCUCUCAAGAAUAUGCCAAACUCCGGAGCCAUGAUGAGAUAAACAAUGACCGGGCUAGGACUAUGCCGGUUACUGCUAGAGCCCUCGAAACUAUGAUCCGAUUGUCUACUGCUCAUGCUAAAGUCAGAAUGAGUAAAACCAUUGAUCGCUUGGAUGCAGACAUGGCCCUGGAACUUGUUCAGUUUGCAUAUUUUAAAAAGAUAUUACCAAAGGAGAAAAAAGUGGAAAAAGAUCCAGAGAUGAGUCAAGAGACACCAAGCCAAGAGGGAAUAAGAAAAAGUUCAAGACAUGGUGGUAAAAUGUCUGACACUCAAGAUUCAGAGGAUCCGUAUGCCUUCAGCCAGGAUGGCAGUCAGAAGGAGUCUUAUUCUCAGAGUGAAAGAGCUCCAAGGAAAAUUUCUGAAAGUCAGGGAGGAAUAGAUGCAAAGGGUUCAUUGAGUCAAAAGAGGGGUCCCCCUGCCUCCUGAGACACAUACCAGUCCUGCAGUGACAAGUGGUUGACAAGCCAUGAACACCAUGAGGUCCAGAGCUGCUGUUGCACUCUGCCGUCUGAGUCAGCAGAGUGAGGAAGAGUCAUCAGUGAGGAGAAGAGAGGGAUACGCCUCCUGCAUGGGCAGAAACCUCAUUGAGCAAUGAUGGCAAGUAAAGGUAAUUCUGAGGGAAAUAUAGGUUGGAGAUGCAUAAAACUUAGAUGUACAUGAUCAGGAUGAGGUACUGGGAAGCAAAUUGGCUGCCUAAAAUAUGCAGCAAAGUAUGGAACAUGUGACCCUAGCUUUAAAGGUUCAAGAGGAAUUAUUUUUUUUUCAAAUAAACUGGUGCUAGAAGGUAACAUUUUGAAAUUGCCUUUUUAUUUAAAAGGAAAUUUUAUUCCCCAGAGGAAGCCAUGUAGUUCUUUCCACAUCAAUAGUGUCCCUGAUAACCUCUUAUUUGUGUGGAGAACUUUCCAGAGAAAAUAAUGCAAAAUAUUUUUGGAUAUACUGUUUGUUUGAACCCUAAUAUUGGUAUUGUACACUUUAGAAUUGAUGAUGCAUAAAUCAGCUUAUUCUCUCCAAACAUAGGGGCCAAUUACGAUAGUAGAAUAAAUAAACAAACAUACAUAUCAUAA